UAUGUGCGGAUAGUUGUUUUCGUGUUUGGAUUUUAAAUGUAGUGGUAUACGACAAGAUAAACAUAAGGGUGUUGUUACAAGAAACGCCCACCAGAGUUCAGGAUUCUCGUCGUUAUCCUCCAUUUGACUGGCCCCCUUUCUGUUUGCUGAGAGAGGGCGAUGAGCGAUGAACUGCAAGGCUGGAAACCUCGCCAGUUCGGCAACAAAAUAACCGGGUAAUAGUAGCAAGAAAGCGUGCGUGUCAUUGUUUCACCACGUUUUCACGGAUUCAACAGAACGUGGACCUAAACCUUUGACAAAUGGAUGCUUCUUAUGCCAGUUAGUAGUUACAACGCUCAGUGACUGGAGUUAAUAUAUUGCGGGAGUCGAAGAAACAAUUGGGAAUCAAUACGUUCAAAACGCGAAAUCGGAUGUCAUGAUAGAGUCUCAAACAUUUUAGAUAAGCUGUAGCCAGAUGCGUCUGCUGUGGAGGCCGUGACCUCCGCUCUGGUGAUCCAGCGGCUGCAGUUGCUGCUGCUCUUUCCCGGCGCCCCGUGCAGGAGUGAGGGGGGAUGUCUGCUGCGCAGAUGCAGAAUGACGGGGAGCAGCGAUGGGGCGUCCUGGACUCCCUUGGCCUGAGCCCGAAGGAGUUGGUGAUGGCCGAGGCCCUGCAGAUGGAGUAUGACGCUCUGUCGCGCCUCCGGCAGGACAAGUCCCCGACCAGCAAGACCCUGUCUGACGGGGAUGAGGGGGGAAGCAAGCCGCCACCGCCGCCCCAGAGGGAGCUACCAUUACCCCCACCCAGGCCGCUCCACAGCCCCCCAGGGAGUAGCUUUCAGACAGGAGGUUGGGGGUCGGACCCCAUGCUUCAACCCAAUGGUAAUGGACAGUCUGGCAGCAGCCACGCCCAACCGCCAAUGUCCAGCAAGGAGCCUUUAUACAUCCUGGAAACUGGGCCCAGGAACAAGGGCCACUCUGAUGGCCUUCCUCCCCCAGAUGAGCCUCCACCAGCCCUGCCCCCACGCAACCCUCUGCCACCCCUGCCAGACCCCCCAAGGCGUCCCCCGCCAACCCCCAGAGACAUCAACCUGUUCAGCCCAGAGGUGGAUCAGCCCAAGGUGCUGUCUUCAGACACGCUCAACUACGACCACCUCAACGACUCGCUGACCAAGCUCAACGGGGACUGGUCGAGCCCCAGGGGCAGGAGAGGGGUCGGGGAGCAGGCAGGGAAGCCGGUGGCUCGGAGCAAGACCCUCCCGCCUCAGGUACCCCCACGCUCGUACCUGCCUGCUCCCAAGAGUGGCAGGACCAACCGCAGGGUGUCAGCAGACCCGGUGUCUCUGGGCUCGCAACUUAACAGCUUUGGGUACGAACUCUUCCAAGUGUCCGAGGAGAGGGAUGAGGAAGUGGCUGCCUUCUGCCACAUGCUGGAUAUUUUGCGCUCUGCAUACCCUUGCGAUGAUCUGUCCAAGAAUUCGGGGUUUGUGUGGAGUCCCUGUGUGACGCAGGAUGAGCAGCAGCAAGUCCUUGGGGUCAGCAUCAAAGUCACAGUGGUCAGCAAGCUCUUCAAAGAGCCGCUCACCUUCACCUGCGACGGCUCAUCCACGGUUGACCUGCUGAUCUAUCAGACACUCUGCUACACCCACGACGAGCUGGAUCUCAUCGACGUGGACGACUACCUGCUGAAAAUCUGCGGCAAGGCCGAGUUCCUGCGCAAUAAGCAGACCCUGGCGAGUCUUGAGUAUAUCCAGCAGUGCCUGAAGUACGAAUGGGACAUCCGCCUCAACCUGAGCAAGAGGGCAUCCGUGUGUGUGGAGCUUGCGAGAACGGAGGAUGAUGACGAGACAACAUCCAGCAUGAACCAUGGCAUCCUACUGCAGGAGCGUACCAUCAAACAGACUGUCACCAGAGAGGCUUUGUCACUGCUGCUGGACACUUUCCAUAAUGAGGCAGAGUCUUUUAUCCUAUCAGAGGUGGAGAUACCAUUGCACGUGGAGAGGUUGGUGCAGUCAGUGAAGGCACUGUGCAGCUCUUUGGCCUCUGUUGAAACGCCGGAUGUGACCUCUGCCCUGAACCAGCUGCCCGCGUGCCCCUGUCGGCUUCAGCCCCGCGUACAGAAGGAUGUGACAGUGCUGGCAAAGAGAGAGAACAGAGAGAAAGUGGUGGAGAAACUAACGUCGGCCAUCUUGGAUCUGGUGGAGAUGUACUGCAGCACUUUCAAUGCCAACUUCCACACGGCUCCCCACAGCCACCGGCCUACUGCGCCCAUCCAGGAGGCCGGCAUGGUGACCAACGUGUUGUCCUUCAGCAUCUAUGCUGCUCACCGCAUUCCCAUAACGUGGGCUGCCAGCUAUGAGGGCUUCUUCCUGUCCUGCUCGCUCACACAUGGCGCUACAGAGCUGUGUGCCCCGCAGCACACCAGCAAGCAGGCUGUCAGCAAGUAUCUGUUCCAUCUGGUGGUGUGGGACCAGAGGGUUUGUUUCCCGGUUCAAAUCAACCAGUUGCCACGGGAGACGCAGCUGACGGUGACCUUGUAUGCCAGCCCCCUACCACCCCCUGGAGGAGCAGAGGAAAAGGGCAAGCAACGGCGCAGCAUUGAGGCCCUUGGCUGGGUCACCAUGCCCCUCUUCAACUUCAGACAUGUCCUGACUUGUGGGAGGAAGUUGCUUGGUCUGUGGCCUUCAACUCCAGGAAGCACUGGAAAUGCUCGCUCCAGUACACCUAACUUCAGCCAGCCAGACAGUGUCAUUAUACAGGUGGACUUCCCCACCUCCUCGUUUGAGGUGCGCUUCAGCACCCCUCCCCCAGCCGAGUUCAGUCCCCAGUAUGAAUUCUCCCGGCUGGACCAGCACAGCCAGAAGCAGCUGCGUGACAUCCUGCAGAAGAAGUCCCUCUUCUGGCUGUCUCCGGAGGAUAAGCGUCUGCUGUGGGAGAAGCGCUACUUCUGCCAUGCGGAGAGCAGCAGGCUACCACUGGUGCUGGCGAGUGCCCCCCGCUGGGAGUGGGCCUGUCUGCCCGACAUCUACGCCUUGCUGCGCCACUGGGCCUGCAUGAACCACCUGGAUGCACUGGGCCUGCUGCACGCCACGUUCCCUGAUCAGGAAUGUAGGCGAACUGCUGUCCAGUGGAUGGACACAAUCUCUGACGCAGAACUACUUGAUUUCUUGCCACAGUUAGUUCAGGCUCUGAAGUACGAGUGUUACCUGGACAGCCCUCUGGUGCGCUUCCUACUAAGGAGAGCUAUAGCAGACAUGUACAUCGCUCACUACCUUUUCUGGCUUCUGAAGGACGCACUGCAGGACUCGCAGUUCAGCGUGCGCUAUCAGCAGCUGCUGGCAGCCGUGCUGUGCUGCGUGGGCCACGGCCUCCGCGAGGAGUUUGACCGGCAGAGCUGGCUGGUGUCCAUCCUGGCGCUGGUCGCCCAGCGCGUGCGAGACGCAUCGCCCUCCUCACGGCAGGCAAUCCUCAGAGAAGCACUGGAUGAGGUAAAGCAGUUCUUCUCUGUCAGCAGCAGUUGUCGCCUCCCCUUAAACCCUGGCCUCCUGGUGAAGGGCAUCAACAUCCAGUCAUGCUCCUUCUUCAACUCAAAUGCCGUCCCCCUCAAGCUCUCCUUCCAAAGCAUGGACCCACUUGGAGACCAUAUCAACGUCAUCUUCAAGUCGGGUGACGACCUGAGACAGGACAUGCUGACCCUGCAGAUGAUCCGUAUCAUGAACAAGAUCUGGAUCCAAGAGGGUCUGGACAUGAGGAUGGUCAUCUUCCACUGUUUCUCCACGGGUCGUGGAAGAGGGAUGGUGGAGAUGAUACCCAACGCAGAGACCCUCCGGAAGAUCCAGGGUGAGCAUGGCGUCACUGGCUCCUUUAAGGACCGCCCGCUGGCUGACUGGCUACAGAAGCACAACCCUACAGAGGACGAGUAUGAAAAGGCGGUUGAGAACUUCAUUUACUCGUGCGCAGGCUGCUGCGUGGCCACCUACAUCCUGGGCAUCUGCGACCGGCACAAUGACAACAUCAUGCUGAAGACCAGCGGCCACAUGUUCCACAUCGACUUCGGGAAGUUCUUGGGCCACUCCCAAAUGUUUGGCAGCAUCAAACGAGACCGCGUGCCAUUCGUCUUCACCUCAGACAUGGCCUACGUUAUCAACGGUGGAGAUAAGCCUUCCAGAAGAUUCCACGACUUUGUGGACCUCUGCUGUGAGGCUUACAACCUCAUCAGAAAACACUCACACUUGUUCCUCAACCUGCUGGGCCUGAUGCUGUCCUGUGGGAUUCCGGAGCUGUCUGAUCUGGAGGACCUGAAGUAUGUCUGCGAUGCCCUCCGACCACAUGAGUCUGAGGCAGAUGCCACCAUGUACUUCACCAGGUUGAUUGAGUCAAGUCUGGGCAGCGUUGCCACCAAGCUGAACUUCUUCAUCCACAACCUGGCCCAGAUGAAGUUCGCCUCCUCAGAGGAGCGUCCCGUCCUGUCGUUCGCUCCGCGCGUCUACACCAUCAAGAUCGACGGCGCCAUCCGAAACCUGUUUGUCUGUCAGCACAUGAAGACCUACAGCCCCAAUAAAGGCUAUACGUAUGUGGUGAAGGUGGAGCGGGACGGCCAACAGGGGGCGACGCUAGUGCAAAGGAGCUUUGAGGAGUUCCACGAGCUUCACACCAAACUUCGCCUCAUCUUCCCCUCCUCCAAACUGCCCAGCUUCCCCAGCCGAUUUGUGAUUGGUCGAUCUCGUGGCGAGGCCAUGGCGGACCGGAGGAAGGACGAGCUGAAUGGCUAUGUGUGGCACCUGAUCCACGCCUCGCAAGAGGUUGCACAGUGUGAUCUAGUCUACACUUUCUUUCAUCCCCUCCAACGAGAUGAGCGGCCAGGAACAGUGGUGAACACACUCCAUACAAAACCAGGAGACUUCUCAUGGAAUCCUGUCCCUGGGAAAGUGUCAGGGGAAGUGAAGCUCUCCAUUACCUUCAAGAGUGACAAACUCUUCAUAAUGGUGAUGCACAUCCGUGCCCUGCAACCACUGCAGGAGGGCACAGACCCCGACCCCUAUGUCAAACUCUACCUCCUCCCCGACCCCCAGAAAACCAGCAAGAGGAAGACCAAGGUUGCCCACCGCACAUGCAACCCUACAUAUAAUGAGAUGUUGGUGUAUAGUGGGAUCCCGCGGGGUGACCUGCACCAGAGGGUGAUCCACCUGCGUGUGCUGAGUGAGGGGGCCUUCUGGGAGAGUACGCUCCUGGGGGAGGCCUUCAUCCCACUCAAGAGCCUGGAGCCUGGACAGCACUGGGUCAACUGGCACCAGCUGGGCACUGGGGGCUCCGACACCAGCCGCUGAGCCCCAGAAAUGAGGCAGCAACUGGCACAGGGGUCAGAACUUGUGUGCGUGCGUGUGUGUGACUGGUGAGAUUGGAGUUGGAUGAAGGGAAGAUCAUCGAAGGUGUGUGUGUGUGUGUGUGUGUGUGUGUGUGUGUGUGUGUGUGUGUGUGUGUGUGUGUGUGUGUGUGUGUGUGUGUGUGUGUGUGUGUGUGUGUGUGUGUGUGUGUGUGUGUGUGUGUGUGUGUGUGUGCAUGCGCACUGGGUUAAGUGUGUGAAGUUUGCUCCUGUGUUACUGGUGAGCUGAAGAAGAAGCCCAUGGCUCAGUGGUGGAUCAUUUUCCCUCCUAGGGGGGGGCAUCGUGUCGCGUUGUCUUCGGACUCUUUGUGCACGUGGGGAGAGACGCUGGACGCUCUAACGGCCAGUCAUCACCAGAUACUGUAAAUGGUGUGACACACUGCAGAGGGGGACACAGGGACACAGGGACAUGAUUUAAAGACUGGGAGAGACUCCAAAGGGGGAUCUGAUCACUGAAGGCAGAGCCGGAAGGGAAACCUUUUCUGCCUUUGCACCUGCAGUGACGCCUGAGAACUUUGAGGAGGAACAGUCGCUUGCGAUGCUCAAAGGUGGCUGAAAACAAGAGUCCGCUGUAAAGUCUGCUUGUUGCUUAGUGCUUAUGAAUUUGUGCGGUCCUGCUCUACUGUGUUGAGAAAUUAAAAGGUAAAUUUUAAGUUAUGUAAUUUUUUAAUAAAUCGUUUAUGAUUUUCUUUUGCUCAGUUGUGUUGAGCUGGGUUUUGUUGUAGCCUAUGGUAUAUAUUAUAAUAAUAUUAUAAUCAUUUUUCUGUUCUGCAGAUCACCUAGAUCUGGGAGAGGGAGUGAUUGCUUUUGUACUGUAAAAUUGGGCACAUUUUGUGGCUUUAGUCAACUCGUCUUGUUUGUAAACUGCACCUAACUGUAGGCAUCCAUUUUUUUACCAUUAAAUUGACUGGUUGUUACCAAUUGUCACCAGUAAUUACUUUUUCAGUAUACUGGAAAAAAGACCUUUACUUCAUGGUCUUAACAUAAUCAGUAGUGAACCGUGUUGUUGCUAUUUUGAUUAUAGAGGAUCAUCUUUGUUAUCAAAUGGCCACAUUACAAGGUUGAAAAGGAAAUCAAAGUCAGAAACAUUUCCAUCCUGCUAUUAAAUUAGGAGCUUCUAAAUCGCUAUUACAACAGUGGAUUUAUUGUAUUCUAUGUCAAAUUCUAAUUGCAUGCAGUAAAACCUGCCAUCAGAUAGAUACUAUGCCACUGGCUUGUACUUGUUAAGCAGUUUCAACUUUUUCCUUAAAUGUGUUGUUUUGAUUAUCAAAACAUGCAUUUGUCUUUAUUUAUUUUGAUUAUUAAUGUUGCUUUUAACCUUGCUUUCAGUUAACAUAUUCUUCAAAAUUCGGAUUUAGAGCAGAGAUUGUAGACAUUAUCUUGCUGUGUGUGUUUCUGUUUGUCUGUCUAUCUGUGAGCUUGUUGUGUGACUGUAUCUUUGGCUUAAAGGCCGUUUCUCUGACUGCUCAAGGCACAAGGCACAAGGCACACUAUGUCAGCGAAGCCCUAUCCCAUGAUGCAUUUAUUCACUAAGGGACACUGAGGUGAAAGAAAAAUGAUUUGCAUUUGUUAGUUUUGUUUUCAGUUCACAUCAUUUUUAUCAUUUAACAUCACCAUAAAAUCCAAAGGCUAACACUGGCAAUUCAUAGACAUCAUUUGGCUUCAGUUACCUAUUCCAUAUUUGUUAGAAUAGGGUAAAGUGUGUAUGUUGGUGUGAGAAUCAAGUAGUUGCAUCCAUUAGCUUACUCUAGCUCCCUACUGCCAAACCAAACAAAGCAGUUCCAUCAAGCUAAUACAUAAGUGGCUUACAGCUUCCUGAGCAGCUAUGGCUUCCACGAUUGUUUUGCAUACAGUGAACAUGUUUCUUUCCGUCAGGAAGUGUGUUACUGGGUGAUCAAGUGACAGGUUUCAUGACCUGUCAUGCUUGAAGACAGGGUGUGUUAUGUGGUUUCUUUUCCCUUGCUGUGUGCAGCAACAAGCUCUUUGUAGACCUGAAUGUGUGUUGAGUUGUGGAGGGUGAAUGAAGAAGACUCUUGGUUAAAAGGGAAGAGGGUUGCAGUCCCGACAGGUUGAGUAGCCUGGGCACGUGAUUGAGCGGAGAAGGGGCACAAGAAUGUACUUUAGACAUGGGUGGAUUUUAGAGUGUCAUAAUUAGUGACGAAUAACCAUUUCCAUGUGAUAAAUGAAAGUUCUUCCUAGUAAAUCCCUACUUUUAGAUUUUAAAUCAGGACUUUUCCAUUUUUAAUUUCACCGUGUUUUUGUAAUAUUAUUUGCACUAAAUAAUUAAAAAAUACACUUGAAUGAAAA